GCGGCCGGAGGCGGAUGCGGGAGCGGGAGCGGGGGGGGAGGCGCCUUCCUCCCCUUCCCCUUCCUCCUCCUCUUCCUCCACUUCCCCUUCCUCCUCCUCUUCCUCCUCCUCUUCCUCGUACUCCUGCUGCUGGGCCCGGCUCUGGAGAACAGAGGGGCAGAGCCGUAGGGCGGCAUGCGGCCCCCGCGCCCGUGGGUACAGCGGGGGUGUCCCUGGAGGAGCUUCCCGGGGAUUGUGUGACCCCCUCCUGUCCCGUCCUCCGCCGAGUUCAAGGGAAGAGCGCGGCAUGGUGGAGAACUCUCCGGCUCCUCUGCCAGAAAGGGCGAUCUACGGAUUUGCGCUCUUUUUGGGCUCGUGGUUUGGCUUCAUUCUGUACCUCAUCUGGGCUUAUAUCCCUGAGACUUGGCUCUUCUCCCUGGGACUGACAUACUGGCCUCAAAAGUACUGGGCAGUUGCUCUGCCAGUUUAUCUGCUGGUGGCUGUGGGAAUUGGUUACAUUUUGCUUUUUGGGAUUAACAUGAUGAGCACAGCUCCUCUCAACUCCACUCACACCAUCACAGAUAACUUUGCGAAAAAGCAGCAGCAGAAGAAAUUCCAGGAGGAGGCAAUUCCAGCACUGAGGGAUAUUCCCAUCAGUGAAGUCAACAGGAUGUUCUUCCUCCCUGAAAAAGGCAUCUGCAGUAGCAGAUAGCUGUGGUUAAAAUCUCUUUGAAGAAAGGAUGAAUAAAACUUACAGAGGGACAGUUAAAACCUCUCCAGGCUAAAAAUAAAAACUCUUUUCGGCUUAUUUUCUCCCUGAAUUUUCAAUUAAAUUUAUAUAUUAUUA